UCUUCUAGCGGAAGUGGGAAAAAGAAAGAGAGGAAAACGAAAACAACAGAACAAUUCGGCAACAGAUUAUCGACGACAGUUAUGUUCAGAUGAUGACUAUGAAUCUUGCAGCAUCAAACCUGUAGGUGCUUAAAAGGAUUUAGAGCUACAUGUCGAAACUCGGAGUGACAUACUUCACACAGAGACCAUUGGUUGGAGUAGCCACUGCCACUCCAGAUAUCCUGCAUGAGCCAGUCUUGAGGGUUAACGUUGCACUGGAGCAUGCGAGUGCCACCAUGCCCCCUGGGUUUCCCAGGGCAAGCAACAAGAGCAUACCAAUACCAGACAUUGUACUCACACGUCCCAUAUGUCAGGAUAUUCUAUAUGAUGAUAUAGCAGACUCAAGGGUACGAGUAUGGGAUCUAAUUAUCUUAGUACCGAAUGUAGUCUUCCUGGCGUUUUUAUUAGUGAAACUUGGAAGUGCAGUAUCCAAACUGAGACACACCAACAGCCCAAUAUUUACAGCAUUUUACAUGCUGGUGUUUUCAGUAGCGGUCAUCAGUGUUCUGAGAUGUGUUGUAUCCAUGACCGUCAAUGCAUCUGUUCUGGCCGGUGACAUUGCAGAUAAGGUCCUGUGGUUGAUUCUGCGAUUCUUCCUGCUUGCCACUGAGUUGUCCAUUGUGAUAUUUGGGCUGGCCUUCGGUCACUUGGACAGUAGAAGAAGUAUCCAGAGAGUAUUGGCCGUCACAUCCUGUAUAGCACUCCUGUAUUCCUGUACACAGGGCACAUUGGAGUUCACUUACCCAGACCCAAACUUCCAAGUAAAGCAGAGCCCAAACAGUACGAUACAGGAUUUUGACAUAUUUGGACACGGAGGCAUGAUCUUCUGGCUUACCAGUUCUCUCUUCUUCUUUUUGGUUUACACAGUGAUAUUCAUCUUACCAUGGACAAGUCUGAGAGAAAAGCUCGCACUUCCACCCAAAAGAUCGUUCUAUAGGUACGCUGCCUUCCUUGCUGCCCUCAAUGCUGCCCAGGCUGUAGGCAGUGCCCUUAUCUAUAGCUCCAUACAAAAUGGAAUGUGUGUGGUGGAUGUCACAACAUAUAUCUAUUUUACCUGUUUUGCACCAGUGGUAUAUCUUGUUUUCCUGAGGAAAUUUUUCAGAAUGUCCCAGCCAAGCAUCCUUUUCUCGUACAAGAACCAGGUGGAUGAUGCCCCGGAGGAAGACACGGUAAGCAUGCCCUACCAGGCCACAGCCAGGAUGGACGACACAGACAGCAUUGCAGGGAGUUACGACAGUACACACUUUGACCGCAAUGCACACUUCCAGAAAAUACUUCUCCCCAAUGGGACUGGAUCUGUGAAUGUUGUAGAGGUUGAUGUCAACCCAAAUCUGGACUCAUCGUCAGACUUCUACCAAGGAUCUGUCUAAAUCCUCAAAUCAAAAGUAGACAAAAUUAAAAGUGCUCAUCUGUAAUGUGAGAAAAAUUGUCUUUUAAAAAAUAUGUUGUGCAUCUUGAAUUAUUGACAAAAAUCUAUUAUCAGUGUUAAGAUAUAAUUUGUUGCUGUGAAAUAUUUUACUGACAUUCCUGUGUCACUAUGACUUUGGAAUGAAAUGAUAUGUUUCUGCAACCUAUCCAGUAAGCUUAAACCAUGUGAUAUUGAUACAAAAUGUGACUUUUAUAUUGUUGAGUGUUUGUCCGUGUUCAUGUUCAUGACAAGUACCGAUGACUGAAAGCAUGGAGAACUUGUCAGUUUGUUUUCAUGUUAUUUGUGAAUGUUUUUUUAGAUAUUGAAAUAAUAGUCAUGAUGACUCUCAAACAAGGACAACCUAUAGUUAAUUAUCGAUAUUUUAUGGUUGUAUUUAUUUGAUUAUAAGGAAAUUGAGGUCUAGUCACUUAAUAAUGAUAAUGAUUUUAUGGGUUUUUUCAGCAAAACAAGUCCUGUUUCUUUUCUUAAUUCCGUUUCUGGGAUAUUGUGGACUUAAGAAUCUUGUCACUUCCCAAGAACGGUUCUGUUCAGUCUGUAAAGAGAGGAGGAAUCCUGUUUUAUUCCUUGUUUUCCAUAUGUUAUAAUUGGAGUUCAGAAAUAUCAGGUUUCUUGUUUUCUGUGCAGGUAUGUUAAUUUUCAAGCCUCAUUUAGAGAAAUGUAAUCUCAUUGGCCAGAUUUAAAUCUUCAAAACACCUGUUCCGAGAUAUGGAUUUUUGUUUUUUUCCAAAAUCUUGAUUGCUGUAGGUAAAUAUUCAAUUCCAAUUUAGACAUUUGACAUAUUGUUUGGAGUUGCCCAUAGAUAAAUAUUUAAGCUUACCGGUAUUGUCUGAGCUAUAGUGUCAUACUCCUUUUCUCCUGGACCUUAUAUAACCUCACAUUGCCAAGUGUUCUGUGCAAUACUUUAGAUCAUUCUUGAGAUGCACCAGACAUCUUGGAGAGAACCAUCUGAGUAGUAUACAAUUUGCCAUAUCGGUUAAAAGCUCCAAAUGAAUGCUAUCUGUUCAGAAAUUGACGUUGAGGAUUAGCUCUGGUAAUUGAUAUUUGUAUAAGGAGCUUUACAAAUAGUCAGAUGGAGAUAUCAUUAAAGCUGAAAUCAUGUACAGUGUGAGAUUAUUUCAUUUUAUAGAAACUUCAGCUGACAACCAUGUUAUAUAAUUUAAUCGGCAUAUCUGGUUGAUUUUAAUCAUUUAAUACGAAAAAACACCAUUUUAAAAGUAGUCUGGAUAAAUAUAUGAAAAUCUAAUUAAGACACAUGUAUAAUCGUAGAUUUAAUUUGGAGUCUAGUCAUCCUGUCGGUACCUAUGAUCAAACCUAUAUGCUAUACUCAUUUUGACAAUUUCAUUGUACAAGGGUUAAUGUACUAAAUUGUUUGAAUAUGUUAACGUCUGUAUUGUUUUAUUUCAUUGUUCGACUUCUGUCAUGACAGUAUUGUUUCUGUCUUUUGCUUCGGUGCUCUGGCCCCAGGAUCAUGUAAUGAUCUUAAGUCUAAAACUGUUGUAAGCUUUGACUUAGCCAAUCACAAAUAACGGCAUACGUGGUACAUAAUUGGCUAAGCAAAAAUGUUUCAUGAUCACAGGGCCUGGAGAGACAUGGUAUUAUGCCAUGUUGUUUUAUUUCUUUUGUUUGCUCUAGUGCUCUGGUGAGACUUCAUAGAUGCAUUUUCAUCCCUAUUAGCCUUUAAUUUUUAAUGUAUUAAUUCAGAGAUUUUGAGACUCUUUCAAAGAUUCAUUUUUCAGUUUUAAACCUGUUUUUUUUUUAAUUCAAAACAAUCAGAAAUACCUUUACCUAUGCAAAUUAAAUCAUUCAAAUUAUUGCAUUAAUGUUGAUAGAAAUUUAAGUUACUGUAGAUUCCUGCCCUUGUGUAAAGUUAUAAUUGAUUGCUGAUGGUACGAUCAACUUAUUAUAUCUCCUGCAAAAAUAAAUUGGUGGUGGUGGGGGGGGGUUAUACUGAACUCUAUCAGUUGUUGUGUCUAUCCUUCACUUUAUACAUGUAGGUAUACUGUCUGUCUGUCUGUCUGUCUGUCUGUCCUUUAGUUUAUAGUUAUAUUGUCUGUCUGUCCUUCAGUUUAUAGUUAUAUUGUCUGUCUGUCCUUCAGUUUAUAGUUAUAUUGUCUGUCCUUCAGUUUGCUUUAUUGUCUGUCUGUCCUUUAGUUUAUAGUAAUGUUGUCUGUCUGUCCUUCACUUUACUUUAUUGUCUGUCUGUCCUUUAGUUUAUAUUUCUGUCUUACAAUUAUGUGUUUCCUUUGUUCUUUUAUAAAUACUAUGCAUGUUAUCUUCAUGAAGCUACAUAAUUUGCUACAUAAUUUACUUGUGAAGAGGUAGACACCGAUGUUUUUAGACUAUUUUACCAACGGCAAGGUAUUUCCUUCACUGGCAGUGCUGAAACUGCUUCUAAACAAAUUUAUCUGUAUUGAGCAGUAACACAGUUUUUGUGUCGCCUGCAACACCAGGCGACAUAUAGGUAUUACUUUGUCUGCGUCGUCCGAAACAAGG